AAGAUCAAGCACAAGCGCAAGAAGACCAAGCUGGCCGUCCUCAAGUACUACAAGGUCGGCUCUGACGGCAGCAUUGAGCGUCUCCGCCGCGAGUGCCCCAGCGACACUUGCGGUGCCGGUGUCUUCAUGGCCUCCAUGCCCGACCGCCAGUACUGCGGCCGCUGCCACCUCACCUACGUUUUCGACAAGCAGUAA